AUGGCUCUCAACGGUCCAGGUCUUGCCUUGCGCAGGGCUACUGAUGAAGGCGAAGACGUGGCCGACUUUCGAAAUAACAGACUUCAAGAAGGCUGGAAAGAAUGGCCAAAUGAAGCCGGGUUUGAGGGCCUUGAGGAGCAUCGCGGGCCGAUUGAGCUGAGAGUUAAAGGCUCAAUUCCAGAAUGGGCUGCGGGCGCACUCUACCGCACCGGGCCUGGCCAGAGUUCUGUUGAGACUGACUCCAAAGGCACUUACAACAUCAGCCACUGGUUCGACGGCCUCGCUCACAGUCACAAAUUCGAUAUUGUCCCGCCCGCCACGCCGGGCGGCCAGACAUCAGUUGUGUACUCUUCGCGGCGGCAAUCCGAGAGGCUGGAACAGCACAUCAAAGAAAGAGGCAGGCGAACUACUCCCUCAUUUGGUCAGCGUGCUGAUCCAUGCAUGGGCAUUUUCUCAAAGGCCAUGGGAAUCUUUGCUCCUCGCGACCAAUACAAUAACAACGUCGUGCUGCUGCCAAACUUCCCAGGCAUUGACAAAGACCGCAAGCCUACAAACCAGACUGGUCACCAUCCCGGACUAGACAAUCUGUACAUUAGCACUGAUACAGCUGGUCUGCAAAAGGUCGAUCCGCAAACUCUUGAGCCGCUAGGCUAUACCGAUCAGUCAAGCCUGCACCCGGAACUAAAGGGUCCGCUCUCGUGCGCGCACGCGCAGCGGGAUCCCGAGAACGGCGAUCUGUACAACUACAACCUCGAGUUUGGCCGGUUUGCGACUUACCGCUUUUUUCGUGUCAGCGCCGCGACGGGCAAAACAGAAAUCUUUGCUACGGUGUCGGAGCCUAGUGUCGCUCCGGCCUACAUUCACAGCUUCUUUCUGACACCCAACUACGUGGUGCUGUGUAUUCCAACUACGCACCUUGCUUGGAAUGGUAUCAAGAUUCUGUGGGAACAGAGUGUACUUGGUGCCAUAAAGCCUUUUGACGAAAAUACCCCUUGCCGUUGGCUUGUCGUCGAUCGCAAAGGUGCCCGCGGCGUUGUUGCCCGCUUUUCUACUCCCGCGUCCUUCUUCUUCCAUUCUGUCAACGCAUUUGAGGAGACGAUUCAAGAUGAGAACAAUGAGACGCGUACUGAUCUCUCACUCGAGUAUGUUCGUUAUGAUAACACAGACAUUCUCGAGACUCUGUACUAUGAGGUUGUGACAGACAGAGAUGACGCAGCGAAAAAGUUCUUCUUCACCGAUGAGCGUUACAAGAAGGGCCACGUACGUCUCAUGCGGUACCGCUUCCGCCUGCCGCUUAACGGUACACAGCAGACUGAGGAAGAAGCCCAAACUGCCGCCGGUGAGGAAGUGCUUUCGAUCCCAGCCCCGCACUCUGGCGACCUGCCGAUUAUCAACCCACGGAUGGUGCAUAAGCCUCACCGCUACGUAUAUGGCGUGACAAGUCGUGGUAUCAGCACAUUCCUGGACGGCCUUGUCAAGACAGACGUACAGACACGCGAAGCGCUCAUCUGGCGUGGAGACAAGGGACACACUCCUGGCGAGCCCAUUUUUGUGGAGAGGCCCGGAGCGACAGAGGAGGAUGACGGUGUAUUGUUGAGUGUGGUGCUAGACGGUGUGUCCAAGACAUCGUAUUUGCUGUGCCUGGAUGCAAAGUCGUUUGAGGAAGUAGGUAGGGCAGAGGCAGACUUUUCGAUUGGCUUUGGUUUUCACGGGCACCACCAGAGCCAAGUGUAA